CUUGGUCCAAGAUGGCGAAGACCUACGGAGAUAAACCUGUCAGCUUCCAACUAGAGGAAAAUGGCGAGUUCUGGUGUAUUGGAUCAGAGGUUGGCAAUUACCUGCGGCUUUUCCGUGGGUCAUUAUAUAAGAAAUUCCCUGGCAUGUAUAGACGUUCAAUCACCAAUGAUGAACGAAAAAAGUUAAUGGAACUUGGUUUGACUCAGCAUGUGUUAGCAUCCAAUAUUUCACUGUUGAGAGCUUCAGAGGUUGAGGACAUCAUCGAGGGGAAUGAGGAUAAAUACAAAGCCGUGUCGGUGCGUCAACAACAGGAUCCGGAGGCAGCUGCCGCCAGCAGAGCUGAACGCCAAGUGAAGAAGCCUGCAGCUCCAUGGGUUCCCACCAUCUCCAACUCAUCUCAUCUUGAUGCUGUGCCCCAAGCAACACCAAUUAACCGUAAUCGCAUUAUAUCUAAAAAGAUCCGCACCUUCCCUAUGUGCUAUGAUGACCUAGACCCUGCACAGAUCCAUGAGAACUCCUGCCAGAGAGAGGAGUUGGUGCCCAUCCGGUUAGAUAUGGAAAUUGAGGGUCAGAAGCUGAGAGACACUUUCACCUGGAAUAAAAAUGAGAUGCUGGUGAGUCCAGAACAGUUUGCUGAGCUUCUGUGUGACGACUUGGACUUAAAUCCUCUAAUGUUCGUGCCAGCCAUCUCAACAGCUAUCAAACAGCAGGUUGAUCAGUACCCCUCUCAGAAUAUUAUCUCGGAUAACUCAGACACCAGAAUAGUCGUAAAGUUGAACAUCCAUGUCGGUAAUAUUUCACUCAAUGACCAGUUUGAAUGGGAUAUGGCCUCACCCGAGAACACACCAGAAGACUUCGCCUCAAAAUUGUGUUCUGAAUUGGGUCUGGGCGGCGAAUUUGUAACGGCAAUUGCAUAUUCUGUUCGAGGGCAGCUCUUCUGGCACCAGCGGACUUAUGCCUUUAGUGAAUCUCCUCUGCCCUGCGUGGAAGUCCCAUUCCGGUCGCAGAGUGAAGCAGAACAGUGGUCCCCAUUCCUUGAGACCCUCACUGAUGCUGAAAUGGAAAAGAAAAUCAGGGACCAAGACAGAAAUACCAGGAGAAUGCGACGAUUGGCGAAUACAACACCUGGCUGGUAAUGUGGAGCCUGAUGUCUUCUCCCAGCUGAGAUACCACGAUAUUAAUUUAAAACUUCUCUAUAUACUGUACUGUACUAGAAUUAUUUUAUAUUUGUAAAUUAGAUUAAGUAAUGAAUUCAUAUGAGAGGCUCAGAUGGCCUUUUUUGGAAAAUAAAGAGUGAAAUUUUA